UGAGACUUUGUCAUGUUCUACUCACUUGGAGCAGUUUGUAUCAGUGCACAGAAUAGAUUCAGGUAGUUGCAAACGCUUGACUCGUUAAUGCCACGAGAGAUCAGCAUUUUUUCAGCACACGUCAAAGCUGCAACAGUUUUAAGGGAUGUAAACCAUGAUAUCUGCAUGCCUCUUCUGCCGUUCACCCACAAAUGCGUGCAGGACCAUGCUUUUUCGCAGUGCCGAAGAGGCCCUCGCGGCACCUUUGGCCAAGUCACUCUUGAAAGUAGACGGAGUGCGAGAGGUGCUUCUCGCUGCGGAGCAUGUGACUGUGACCAAAGCCACCUUGGCAGACUGGGAGGAACUUCAGGAUGUGGUCGAAGCCGAAAUCAGCAAGUUCUUUGAGGCUGGACAAGCAGCUGUUGAUCCUGAUGCCGUGGAAACAGUUGACCCUCAGGACUUUGAAGAAGGAAGCAUCGAGGCGCAGAUCCUAGAGCUGCUUGAGGAGCGGGUCAAGCCGUUUGUUCAGCAGGAUGGCGGAGACGUCGAAUUUGUACGUUUUGAUCAUGGAGAUGGUUCCCUCUACCUUCGGAUGGUGGGUUCUUGCAGUGGCUGCUCUCAAUCGCAUGCGACUCUACAGGAAGGGGUCAAAAAGUUGAUGGACCACUACUUGCCGGAUGUAAAGCAGAUUGUGGGGCUGAACGACGAGCUGGACCUGCAUUUGAGCAAGCAUAAAUCCAGAGCGCACUUGAAAAGAACAGGUCGAAACUGUCCCAUUUGUCGAGCAGCGUUGAAGAGCAUCGAAGGGAUCCGUCUUCUGAGAGUCUACAGCAGCGAUACUGAGAACCUUGAGUUCCCCAUCCCACGGCCAUACCGCUACGAUGGGGUUCGGGAACGGCGCCGCUUUGCAGUACCUGAGGAAAUGCGCAGAUUUGCUUUGCACUGGCGCAUUCACAACAAGGUGUCCAGCCACUUCAAUCCUCGUGCUGCUGCAUGUGAGGCGGCCUAUGAGAAGCUUCUCUCCUGCAGUGCUCAGAAUCCUGAAUUUGAGGCUACCAGGACACCGGACUCGGGUGUUCUUGAUUCGAGGGAGCUAUCGAUUGAAAUCGAACCCUGUUUUUCCUUUGUCAUGUGCACUCCCAAGUAG